GGCCCCUCCCCGCGGGCGGGCGCUCGGGCGGGGCCGCGGGGACCAUGGCGGCCCUGGCGGUGGCUGUGGUGACGGUGGUGGCAGCGGGCCGGGCCGGGCGGGCGGCGGAGGAGAAGGCGGCGGCUUAGCGGGCUCGGCAUGGCCCCGGCCCGGCUGUCGCUGCUGCCCCCGCUGCUGCUGCUGGUGGUCGCGGCCUGCGCCUGGCGGCCGGCGCGGGGCCAGGAGGCGCCGCAGAGCCCGGACUGGCGGAUGACGCUGAAGACGAUCCGCAAUGGCGUGCACAAGAUCGACAUGUACCUGAACGCGGCCCUGGACCUGCUGGGCGGCGAGGACGGGCUCUGCCAGUACAAGUGCAGCGACGGAUCAAGACCUGUUCCUCGCUAUGGAUAUAAACCAUCACCACCAAAUGGCUGUGGAUCCCCUCUAUUUGGAGUUCAGUUUGACAUCGGUAUCCCUUCAAUGACAAGGUGCUGCAAUCACCACGACAGAUGCUAUGAUACUUGUGGCAAUAAAAAAAAUGAUUGUGAUGAGCAGUUUCAGACCUGCCUCUCAAAAAUUUGCAGAGAUGUGCAGAAAACGCUUGGAAUCUCAGAGAGUGUCCAGGCUUGUGAAUCAACUGUUCAGCUGCUGUUUGAUGCAGUCAUACAUUUAGGAUGCAAGCCAUACCUGGACAGCCAGAGAGCUGCUUGCAUGUGUCAUUAUGAGGGCAAGACAGAUCUCUGAGAGAAGACACUGAGAUCUUGUGGGGUACCAUAAAGCUGAAGAUCCAGCCAAAAGGAAGCAAGGCUUUGGUUACAAAUCUUUAAGCUUUUCAGACAGUGAUACAUUAAACACUGACACGAAUUUACUGAUUUGAAGAUCACUAUGAUAUUCUCAUUCAUGUAAAAAAGAAACAAGUCGUCCUUCUCUCCAUUUUAUGCCAGAAGCUUGGGAACUGAAAUUGCUUUCCUUUGGUGUAUGUUCACCUGUAUGUGCUGUUGUAAAAUGCUGGUGCCAUUUUAAUGUUCCCAAGAAGACUCCAUAGUGGGGACAUCGGAGGCACCAAGGAGUUAUAUUGAAUUCUCAGGUGAUUUUUAAUACAGGUCAAAUUUUAGGUUUACUAGCAGCUGAAGCAUCUGAUGGGUCCAGCAGGAGAGUGUGUGUGUACCAGUAUGAGACAUCUUUCAUAGCCUGUACCUGGUGUUUCUGCUGCAGUUGCCUUGAGUUCUCUCUCAUGUGUGUGGCCCUGCAGGUUUGUUGUUAAAAAACCAGGAAAACGCCCAAGCCAGUGUACAUGCACUACAUAUUUCUACCUGAUUCUAUAUCAAUGCCUUACUUCUGCAGCACUUUUCAGAUCAAAUACGUUGAUCCUUUUAAGGGCUGUCCAGUAAAAUGAACGGUUUGCAGCCUAAGGAUAUACUUUUGAUUUGACAGAAUGGUGAAAUGUAGUUUCUAUGUUAUUUUUUAAAAAUUCAUCAAAUGUCUGUUUUUGAAUAAAACAUUUUAUGUUGUGUAUUAUAUGCACAGAAAGGAUAUAUGUACAAAUAUGUUGAUUUAUAUUUCUGUUGUGGCACAACUUGGCUACUGUAUUCAUCUUUGCUUUCAUUUAGUCUGUACUGAUGAAAACUAAAAGCAAGUUCCACAGUUAAGAUCAGAGUGCCCAAAAAAACUUAUUUAAGAUGCCCUCUGUGAGGCUGAUGGAUAUAUGAGCCUGUACUUCUGUCACUUGUUCCCUCUCUGACUUCUCUAAGUAAAAUCAUCUGAUGUCUGAAUUAUUUGGUGUUUGCUCUCUGUACUUGUUGCUUACCUACAGGUGUCAGUCCUUAGUUAACUUCUGCAUUAGGUCCUCUGUUAGAAAGAUAAUGAUUUGCUUUCAUUAAAAAGCAAUUUGCUUUAAAUAUUCACAGGAGAGGAAUGAAAAUUACAAUAUUGCAUAUGUGAACAGGCAAUAGAAAUUAAAUGCAUAAAAUUCACUGGACUCAUAGACUAUAAUGUGAUCUAAUUUUGUGUGGUUUCUUUACCUGUUGUGUUUUUGGUUUGUUUCUCACUAGAGCUUAGUGUACAUGACAGUGAAUGUAAGGGCUUCAUAAACAAAAAUUUCUGUUAAAGUUCUUUGGUUGUGCCUCAAGGUUUCUUUUCUUAUUUGUGGAUAUGAAAUAGCACUAAAAGAGAAGCAUUAUUGUAUAGCUUUAUGAAACUUUGCUAGAUGAACUUGUACUUCCCCUAACUUCGGUGACAUUUAUUUUCUACCAUAGAAUUGAAACAAUUCUGCAUUACCCUGGAAUUCCAUGGUUGUAACCCUAAAAAUCUUUUUGACAUUAAAGCAGGGAAUGUUAA